AUGGCACUUUGCGACGAGCCAUUCCUGCAUAUCCAGUUCGACACGGAUCGGUUCACAAUUGUCGAGUGCGACUCCUUCUACGAAGAAGGUGUAAUCCUGGGGGAAGGGGAGCUGGGCAUCGAUAUUGGGCACUUACCCUGCGUGGAGAUGCAUGGACCGAAAGGUCCCCACAAGGCAUCCACAUGGUGGAAUGUCAAAUCGAAAAGAGAUCGAUACGUGUUGCCCCCGCUCCUGAAGGCUUGCAGACGGAUGUACGCGGAAGCCAUCGGUCUCGUCUAUACCGGGAACACAUUCGAGCUCAAGGUUGGAUAUGACAUCGUCAACUUCGCUCGCUCGAUUCCGGACCGCCAUCUCCAGAACAUUCGUUCGUUGACCUUGCAUAUCGCGCGUCUCUAUCUCUGCGAUUCGCAGGACUGGAAGGACACGUUGGAGGUCUUGAAAAAGAUGCCCGGUCUUACGAGCUGCCGAGUUGUGAUUCGCGAGUUCUAUAAUCUGGACUUGACGGCCGAAAAUAUGCUCCAGUGUAGCCUAGCGAGUGUCCAGAAAGUCGUUGACUCACUGAGGUGUAUGCCCGCCAGGGAUGCAUUCACCGUGCUGCUGGCGGGUUAUGUACGCCCAUCCGAUGGGAGAGGACGGAUGAGUUUCCGAAUAUUUGGGAGAUGGAAGCUCAAGGACUUGGAUUGGUCUGAGGUGGCCCAGGACCGCGCGUAG